AUGGAUAUGCACACGUCCACCAUCUUACACCACACCACACCGGCGGGCGACGCACUUCUGUGGGCAACGCGAUAUGUGGCUAAAUCCAUGUCUGAUUGCCAAAAAAAACCAGUUAUUGACGCAGUGGCUCCUCCGGCGGGCGACGCAUUUCUCCUCUGUAUGGACGAUUAUACAAGAGAAAUGAUGGAUUUGAAAACCCUGGUUACUCGUACACUCGAGAAGAAGGGCGUUCUCGCUAAGAUCCGUGCUGAGCUAAGAGCUAGUGUGUUUGAAGCAAUCGAAGAGGAGGAUAGGGUGAUUGAGAAUGAUGAAGGUUUACCUCCGGCACUAUUGGGUAGCUGCAAUGAUUGUGCAAAAGGACUUCAUAACUCUCCUUCAGGAAGGCUUUUAACUUCAUUGAUAUGUGAAUAUUUGGAUUGGGCUCAAUUGAACCACACAUUGAAAGUCUUCGUGCCUGAGUGUAAUUUGCCAAAGGAUUCCUGGAAAACUGAAUUGCAAGAAUUUAGCAUCAAGAAUGGAUAUGAUCUUAAUAGGAAUGGAGAUGGCGCUCCUUUGCUUUUGGGUGUGCUUGAAGGCUUUUUGAAGUACGAGAAUUUAUCUCAAGGAAGGGGUACUGAUAGGAGAUUAACUACUUUAGAUGCUGAAUCUCUAUCCAACUUGGAAGCUCGAAACAUUCGGAGACCAUCUUCAUCAACAGUUACUGGGGGUUUACCUCCACUGGGAAGGGCUGUCCCGGCUUCCCAGGCAUCUGAGCGAAGAGCUGGGUCAUCCAUGUCUGGCUAUAGGAAAAAUGAAUAUAAUUGGAGAUACAACAAUGAUGAGCUUCCAGAUGAUGUAGUUCGUGCUUCCUCUGCCUUAGAAAACCUUCAGCUGGAUAGGAAAGCUCAAAACCUAACCUCUUCUUGGCGGUAUGCUGGGGACGGAAGUUCUGAGGGAGAUAGCAGGGUAGACCAGACUUAG